CUGCAAGUUUUCUUCUUUUGUAUGCGGGGAAUCCUCAACCGAUGUCGUCCCCUGUUAUCAAGUCCAAGCACCUGCAACGGCCUCGUCUAGCCAAGUUUUGGCUCCCGUUGGUGGCAAUCAUGAUGGCCUCAAUUUUGUACCACAAACUGAGUGGGCACGGCCAACCAGGAGCAAGCUAUCUCGUCACAGGCUCCUUCACAUCCUCGUCCCUCUACGUCCUCCGCUACGACCGAGCAACUCGGAAGCUGCAAGUUGUCCGGUCCGUCCCUGCACACGGCCCUCAUCAGUAUCUAUACAUCGAUCGUCCGAACCAAAAAUUAUAUGCAACCAGUUGGGCAGAGCCCGCCCAUCUCAGCGCCUGGUCUAUCGAACGCGAUCACCCUGGAGGCCGCCAUCCUCGGUUGACUCUGAUCAACCAAGCUCCUAUCACCGCCGUAUCGUCCUACAUCACUUCCAAAUACGGCUUACUGUUUUCCGUCGGCGGGCCAACCGGUGAAGUCCAUCAGCUGAACCCUGAAACAGGCGCGAUUGAAGAGAAACUUCAUGAGAUCCUCUUCGUGCCUAAAGAUGCACUCGAGAAUCAGGACAAAUCUCGCAAAGCACUCAGGAACGGUAGCCACGCGGUCGAAAUUUCUUCUCUGAACCAAGUCUUUGUUCCACAUCUUGGUCAUAACUCGAUAUGGAUAUACGACUUAGAUUCUCAGACGAAGACCUUGGAAUUUUUCUCGGAGGUUCAUAGUCCCAACGCUCAUGAUGGGCCGCGACAUUCGGUGGUCAGCUCAGAUGGACAGAGGCUUUAUGUGAUAACUGAGCACACAUCGAGAGUGGACCUCUACAAUGUUGCGCCCUCGGGGAUCGUCCACCAUCAGGUAUCACUAUCCGUGAUCGAAGAUCCACAUGAGCACUCGAAAUACCGAGGCGACACCGUCCGAGUCUUGCCCAGCUCGCUUGUAGAUUCGUCCCACGAAUAUAUCUUUGCGACGACCAGGGGGGCAGAUCGCUCGCAACGCGGCCAACUAGCAGUCUUCGAGUACAACUCGGAUACUCGCACUCUGAAGGUUCUGCUCCGCUGGGAAACUCCAACCAGCGGGGGCAAGGCAAACGCUAUAGAAUUCAGCCCGCUCAAACUACCACGGAAUGUGGUCGAGUUGGUCCUGACCGAUGAUGACGUGGGAUGGGUUAGUGUCUUGGAAUGCGAUCUCUCCCAUCAGACUGUCACAGUCAUUUCCAGUUGUUUGAUCGAUCAGAAGGGCGUCGGAGCUAGUCAUGCUGUCUGGAUAUAAAAUCCUCAUCUUUCAAUCCUCCACGAUGUCUCCUUCGCUUCUAUCUCCUCUUGAAUUUGCUUCAUAUCCACCCUGGCUUGUACUUUUUAUCUCUUGAGUCUAUGUGCCUGUUUCUUAUAUCUUGAUCGAUAUCCACUCCAUGUAAUAACAUUCCGUUCAAUAAAGACUUGAUUGAUAGCAUAAUUCAAAGCAAUUGCAUUCGAAAUAACAUGCCAAUGACCCCUCAAAAUUGUUCGUGUUGUAUCGUUAUGAGAAC